AUGGAUUCCAAGCAGAACAAGAAAGCGCAGGACACACAAAAUCAUAAAUCAGUGGCGUACGACAUCCUCCCGUCAUACCCAUUAGAUGCGACACACUUGGAAGUGUUUGAUGAGAACUUUGCGGAUCCUUCAGCCAAUAUUUUGCUGAAAGCCGAUUGCACUGUAUUUCGAGUACCCUUGUGGAACCUUCAAAAGCACUGCCUGUACAGCGGGAAGAUAAUCGACACAAAAGUUUCCGCCCCUACACUCCGCGCGUUUCUUUGUACGAUCAUGACUGGCGUGAACAUACAGCCGGAACUGAAAAAGCUGGACUGGGAAAAGCUUGUAGACGCACGAAAUUUAUCCGAUCGAUGGGACUGUCCGAUUUUCGCAGACGCUGUCAAGCAAGCCCUUUAUAUGAAAGUGGAGGGGAGUCCUUGGGAUCUUUUCAAAGCUUCGAGUCAGAUCAACGAUGUGGACCUCGCCAAACGCUGUUUGAAGAUUAUGGGCAUCAACCCUGCCGUCGAUUCGGAUUUGGCAAAGUGGAAUACGGGACGUAUCACUUUAAACCAUUUCCACGUAAGGCGUAGCCGACCACUUUAUGUUCGAGCUAAUGCGAUUGACACGUCGUUACCCUGGAUGGUUGUCGGUAAACAGGAGGUGGAAGUUUGGGUCAGCGUAUAA